UUGGUCCAAAGGCGGAAAUGUGUGUUAUUUAUGUGUUAACAUGGAGUCUGCUCUCACUCUCACUCUCACGGUUACCUUCUAACAGUAACUUCUGGAAUGUCACUGACGCUCGGACAUGAAAAACAAGUUGACUUUUCGACAUUAGCUCUCGUUUUGAUUUGUGCGCGCGACACCGGUAAAGUUCCUCACGCGCACUGAGGGAUGGACCGGACACGGUGUGUUUGUGUGUGUGUGUGUCUGCUUAUAUGUCUAAGUGGACCGUGUUUACAGUGUGAAGGAGGGAGCUCUGUCACGCUCCCAGAGUCUCUGCUCUUUGUCUCAACACUAGAUGGGAGUCUGCACGCCAUUAGCAAACAAACUGGAGACAUCAAAUGGACUCUGAAGGAAGAUCCAAUCAUCCAGGUUCCAGUUUACCUGCAGGAACCAGGUUUCCUUCCCGACCCCAAUGACGGCAGCCUGUACGUGUUGGGAGAUAAACACAAACAGGGUCUAAUGAAACUUCCCUUCACUAUUCCAGAGUUGGUUCAGUCAUCUCCCUGUAGAAGCUCAGAUGGCAUCCUGUACACAGGUAAAAAACAAGACACAUGGUUUGUAGUGGAUCCUCAGACAGGUGAGAAACAGACGAGUUUAAGUACAGCGUCCUCGGAUUCCAUCUGUCCAUCGGCUCCUCUCCUCUACAUCGGACGCACAGAGUACAUGAUCACCAUGUUUGACACCAAGACACAGGAGCUGCGCUGGAACGCGACCUAUAAUGAUUAUUCAGCUCCACUGUACGAUGACCAAAAAUACGAUUACAAGAUGUCCCACUUUGUCUCGAGUAGUGAUGGUCUGGUGGUGACGGUGGACCGUGACUCAGGUGACAUGUUGUGGAUGCAGAAGUUUGAGUCCCCUGUAGCCGGAGUCUACCUGUGGAUCCAGGACGGUCUGCGGCGAGUGCCUCACCUCACCGUCGCUACGGAAACACUGCGAUAUCUCACAUUCAUGGCACAUAAUACACACUCACACCCCAUGAGGUGGACCUACCAGUUUACACAGGAGCAGCACAGCACCAAGACACAGCUUGUUCCCUCUCUGUACGUGGGGAAAAUGAACUCUCACCUGUACGCCUCCACCUCUCUCGUCCACGAGGGAGUCGCUGUAGUGCCUCACAGCCUCAGACUGGCACGUAUUGAAGGGCCAACCACGACGGGCGUGACGGUGGGGAAGGGGCAGAGCGAGUGUGAGAUCACACCCAGCACUGACGUCAAGGUUCCACCAGGAAGCACCAACCCACUGCAGAACCAGUGGCUGCUGAUAGGUCAUCAUGAAGUUCCCCCUGUAGCCCACACCACCAUGCUAAGAGACUUCCCAGAGAACCUGCAACGUUCUGGUGACAUCAUCCCUCCUCGAGGUUCCUCUUCCUCAUAUAGACCAGGAGAUCAUCCAAUGCCUCCAGUGACACAUGAAAGUUCUUACACAACGUUGCCUGCCUCUUUGACCUCUGACCCUGUGACGUCAUUCCUGGUCACACUGCUGCUUGCCACACUGCUAGCUUUCUUGUUCACCUACAAGCGCCACAACAUAAAAAUGCAGAGAUCAGAAGAAAUGAUGAAGUCACGACCUUUAAUAGAUAACACCAGUCAGACAAGUCGGGUUUUGCCCACAGGAAAUGACAUCAUCGCUUCAUCGUCAACUCACAGCGACGGCAGUCAGUCAGACCACAGCAGCUCGGUCUCGUCCAAUCAAACCCGGCCUCGCUCAGACACUCAGGACUCCGGCACAAAGACUACGUCUAAUCUAUCCAGAGAGUCUGAGGCCGUGAAGCCUGAUGUGAUGGAAGUGGGUAAGAUUUCCUUCAGCCCUUCUGAAGUCCUGGGACACGGUACAGAGGGAACGUUUGUCUUCAGAGGUCACUUUGAUGGGCGACAUGUCGCAGUCAAGCGUAUCCUACCUGAGUGUGUGGAGUUUGCUGAGCGUGAGGUUCAGUUGCUGCGUGAAUCAGAUGAACAUCCUAACGUCAUCCGUUAUUUCUGCACAGAACGCGACCGCCAGUUCAUCUACAUCGCCAUCGAGCUGUGUGCUGCCACCUUACAGCAGUAUGUUGAGGACCUGAGCUGUCUAUAUUCACAACUGGACCCUGUGACUCUGCUGGAGCAGACGAUGUGUGGACUCCAUCAUCUUCACUCCCUCAACAUCGUUCAUAGAGACUUGAAGCCUCGUAAUAUCCUCCUCUCGACGCCCGGAGCUCUCGGGCGAGUGCGAGCCGUGAUCUCCGAUUUCGGAUUGUGUAAAAAACUUCCAGACGGCCGGCAUAGUUUCAGCCUGCGCUCCGGAAUCCCGGGAACAGAAGGCUGGAUCGCUCCGGAAUUACUCCUGGGUGACGAGAAGGGAAACCCUACGAGUGCAGUGGACAUUUUCUCAGCAGGCUGUUUGUUUUAUUACGUCGUAUCAAGAGGACAACAUCCGUUCGGGGACACGUUACGUCGCCAAGCUAACAUCCUCUGUGGAGCCUACAGUCUGGAGAACUUCAUGGAGGAUAUACACGACGACGUCAUUGCCAGAGAUUUGAUUGAGAUGAUGAUCAGUGCAGAUCCGGAGUCCCGCCCCUCCACCGCCUCCGUACUAAAACAUCCGUUUUUUUGGAGGCCGGAAAAACAACUGCAAUUCUUUCAGGAUGUCAGUGAUCGUAUUGAAAAGGAGCCAACAGAGAGCCUUAUUGUGGUUCGUUUAGAGACGUCGAGUCGAUCGGUGGUCAGAACCAACUGGAGAAUGCACAUCUCAGCGCCUCUACAGGCCGAUCUGAGGAAAUUCCGCACGUAUAAAGGGAACUCUGUCCGAGACCUGCUCAGAGCCAUGAGAAAUAAAAAACAUCAUUAUCAUGAACUCCCAGCUGAGGUUCAGGUGGCACUCGGUGAAGUCCCAGACGGCUUUGUGGCGUAUUUCACCUCCCGUUUCCCGCGGUUACUGCUGCACACACACACUGCGCUGAGCAUCUGCUCUUCUGAGAGACCUUUCCACCCUUAUUACCACAACUAACACACACACACACACACACAAGCUGAAGUCAUCCCCACACAUGCUGCAGGUGAAGCAGAUGUGAAGCAGAACACAACGUGAGGACGUUUCUGCUUCGGUGUAAUGACACUGUGUCCUGAGUCGUGGAGCCAGAAGACUUUCAGGCAAAAGUUUUAGCACCGUUGUUUCCUGUGGAACUGCUGAUGUGAUUCGGCUGUUUAGUGUUGUUUUAUACAUCAGUCCUGAUUCUCUGAUCCAUGAACUACUGGUGGAUUAAGCAGUGGAUUGGGUCUGUUUGAUGUUAUUAAGCCUUAAUGACGUGAACAAUAUGUAGCUUCAGCUGCUGCUGUUGUUUAACAGGAGUGUGUGCUGUGUUCUUCACCCUAAUCACCAUGGAAACGGCUCUCUGAGGGUUUAAACCCUAGGGUUAGGCUGUUAGACCAAAACCUCGACUGUAAGUUCAAACUGGACACAAACAAAAUCCAGCUGUAAAUCGUUCUCCAGAUUUUUUACAUGUACAGAAACCAUCAGUUUUAUUUAUUUUGUCUACGCUGAUAAGUUGAUAACGUUUACUUCAGUAUUUCACACACACUGUUUUAAAGGAAAACAAGUCUAUACAUUUAUAUAAAAAAACAAGAUGAGCUGGAAUCAGGACUAAAGUAAUGGCACCCUGCAAAAGGAAGGUGUGUGCACGUGUGAGUGUGCGCAUGUACGUGAGUGUGCGCACGUGUGUGUGAGCGUGAUGUUUGACAUGCUGCAGUGUUGAGAUUAGUAGAAGCUCUUUUACAAUGUGGGCGUGGCUAAAUGUGUCAUAAACACACUUGGUAAUUUAAUACUGAAUGAAUUUCAUCCUGUUCACACGUUAUAAAUCGGGUUGGAUUUUUAACCUCCAUUUGACCACGAAACCAUUCGCACCCCAUUUUAUUAAAAAAAGAGUGAGAGCUCAGACCACGUGGAGCUCAGAUCACGUGGAGCUCUGAUCACGUGGAGCUCUGAUCACGUGGAGCUCAGACCACGUGGAGCUCAGACCACGUGGAGCUCAGACCACGUGGAGCUCUGAUCACGUGGAGCUCUGAUCACGUGGAGCUCUGAUCACGUGGAGCUCAGACCACGUGGAGCUCUGAUCACGUGGAGCUCUGAUCACGUGGAGCUCAGACCACGUGGAGUUCAGACCACGUGGAGCUCAGACCACGUGGAGCUCUGAUCACGUGGAGCUCUGAUCACGUGGAGCUCAGACCACGUGGAGCUCAGACCACGUGGAGCUCUGAUCACGUGGAGCUCUGAUCACGUGGAGCUCAGACCACGUGGAGCUCAGACCACGUGGAGCUCAGACCACGUGGAGCUCAGACCACGUGGAGCUCAGACCACGUGGCGCUCAGACCACGUGGCGCUCAGACCACGUGGAGAUCAGGCCACGUGGAGCUCUGACCACGUGGAGAUCAGACCAUGUGGAGCUCUGACCAUGUGGAGCUCUGACCAUGUGGUUGGACCAUCUCUUGCUCUGACUCUGAGUGAUUGGAUGUGAGAAUCAGCCACCAGCUCAAACAGGAUGGUGGCCAUUUCUUUUAUUUGCUCUUCAUACUUCACUGCACAAACUUCAAGCUUCUAAAAACAUUCACAAACUUUGACUUUAAAUCCAGAUCUGCACAGUGCACCACUAGGAGAUUUAGUUUCCUGUUGGUCUAACAGACAAACUGCAUCAUUUCCAGUUUGUUGCAUAAGUAUUUACUCCCCUGAACAUUUCUACGGUGUUACGACCUGGAGUUGAGACGCAUGGUGGUGGAAGCGUCCUGUUGGGUUUAAACGUAGCUCACAGCUACAGUUACAUUUUAUUAAUUGGCACAAACAUGAAAAGUUCUUUAACAAAACACUAGCUAACAGGCUUGUAGUUCCUCACACAGACAUGGUUUUAAUACCACAGUGUUGAUUAACAUAUUUUUAAACAUCUCAGAACUUCAUGUGCAGAUAUUAAAAUUGCUCAGUAUUUAUUUUAUAUAGAAUUUUUUUUCAAGCAUUUUAUAAGUUGUUACUGGAAACACUUGAUGUGAUGUCGAGUUUUAAAAGCUACAUAUAACAAGAUGUACAUGUUCACAGCUUGUUCUUAAACUGUGUUCUGAUCCAAAUCCCUCACACCAUCAGUAAGAAUCAGAAGUUAACGUUCUACAGAUUUUAAACAACCUGAAGUCUAGAAGCUCCUCUUAUGAUAAAGACUUUCUACAGAGAAGGGAACGAGAGUUGGCUGUAAGUCACUGGUGUACACGUCACUCUGGGUUUAUUUAUUUUACUCACAUGAAGUUUAACAUCCAUCAUUGAGAGAUUUCUUCUUGCUGGAAAAUAAAUCACCAUUUUUGAAGUUUU